AUUAUGAUAUGAAUUGUAAUAGAAAAUGAGUACAAAUAAAUGGGCGUGUGCAAGUCUACGCGGGUGGGCAGAGAUGGGAAUUUCCCCUUUUUAUCUCAUGACGCUUGCGAAUCCCGAACCCGGAAGUUAGGUUUAACCCGUUCACAAACACUGUCAUAUUCAAAACAUUAUGUCGUGGUUUAUAAUUAUGUAAACAUUGAAAUUAUAACUAAGAUGUGAAAGUUUUUUUGGUUGUAAAACUUCCUUUUUCUGCCGUCCGGGAUUUCUUCAAUUCAAAUUGAUGCCAUGUCAUUCAAGAUUGAGGUUGUUGAUGGAAACGGAGAAAGUCUUGGACUUCCCGAGCACUUCCUCCGAAUUCCCCUGACAGCGCUUCGCUGUAGUGUAAGGAGAGUUAUAGCCCUACACCUCAACGCCCCCUCGGAAAUCGUGGACCAAGAGACAGGGUAUGUCAACGAUUACAAUGGCUUGGCCGAAUUUAUCGGAUUUACUUACUUGGAAAUAAAACACUUCUCCAAACAGAAAAGCCCGACCGAAGAAUUACUAGAGGAAUGGGAAACAACGGACGAUCUGCAACCGUCUAUUGGCAAACUAUGGGAGGGCCUGUACAUACUCGGCAGAUUCGACGUCAUGAAGGACUGCCAACUAGCUAUAGUAAAAGAUGUAGAAGCAUUCCUGAGAAACAAAGAGAGACAACAGGACAUGAUUCAACCUGUCCAGAGCAAUGACGUAUCACAAAGUUCAGACCACCAUGUAGAUGAGGGAGUCUUUCUUUGUAAAGGAGAUGUUGAAAACAAGGCGCCCCAGUUCUUUGAUGCAUUUGUGUCCUACAACCAUGACGGGGAGGAUAUCAGAUUUGUAAAGGACAUGAUUAAGAUACUGGAAGGUGAACCGCACAAACUGAAGCUGUUCAUUCCUGGUAGGGAUGACCUACCAGGAGCUGCUAAAUAUGUGAUGGACGCUAGGCUCAUUGAGACACGGUGUCGGAGGAUGGUCAUCAUUCUCUCUAAUAAUUACCUCCUGAGUAGCGCUUGUGACUUUCAGUCCAAGUUUGCUCAUGCCCUGGCUCCAGGUGCUCGAAACAAGAAGCUUAUCCCUGUCAUCAUAGAGCCGGUGACAGCAAUUCCAGAGAUUCUACGUUAUGUGACUUUGUGUGACUACACCAAAGUUGACCUGCAGGAGUGGUUUUGGAAUCGCCUCUCCUCAGCUAUCAAACUGCCACUUGACCCGGCCGCUAGCGGCUGGAGUCCAGGAUCACCUAUGUCUUCCACUUCAGUUGGAUCUUUGUCCUCAAUAGCAUCUUCACCAGAUAGUGCCAUUGGGCAAUCACUCUCCUCGAGUUCAGAUGUUCAAAUGGAGAUACCAAGUGAAGAGAGUAUCAAUUCUGACUGGGUUGACUUAAGCAGCGAAUUUUCCUCUCAAUCAGACCCAGAGAUGUCACUGUCUAUGUCGCCCCCCGCAAUAACAUCUUCAUCAGCUUCUUCCAGCAAAGGGAUGAAAUCUGACAUAAAAAGAUUUUUUGGAGGAAUUGGAAAAUUGAAUUUUGGGGGAUCAAGCAACUCAUCAGUCAAAGAUCCCUCACCUCAAUGAGAAAUCUACUGGAUAUAACGGAGUGCAGUCUUCACAAAUCAACUUUCCUGUUGAAGCUGUUACUUUGUGAUACGUUUUGAUUUUAUUACAUAUCUAAGAACACAUACUAUUAUGUCACAAAGAACAAGAAAGUGGUUCAUGCAAUUGCAGAACUGACAGAAAAUGCAUGGUGAUGCCUUCUCUUGCCUUGUUUUGAUUAAGGAUCGCUGUCCCACUGCAUCUAGGUUAUCUGUAUAUACAGUAACCACCUCUUAACUUCCUUAAGGAUCCCUGUCCCACUGCACCUUGGUUUUCUAUAAAUACAGGAACCUCCUCUUAACUUCCUUAAGGAUCCCUGUCUCACUGCACCUAGGUUUUCCAUACAGUAACCUCCCCUUUACUUCCUUAAAGAUCCCUGACAAGGUCAGUGUCUCUACUCUGCUUGACUGAGUGGCAUGUUAGCUGUGUAAUAACAACGUUAGGUUGAGUUACAAGGUCAGUGUGUCUACUCUGCUUGACUAAGUGGCAUGUUAGCUGUGUCAUAACAUCGUUAGGUUGGGUUACAAGGUCAGCCUCUACUCUGCUUGGCUGAGUGACAUGUAAGCUGUGUAAUAACAAUGUUAGGUUGGGUUACAAGGUCAGUGUGUCAACUCUGCUCUGCUUGGCUGAGUGACAUGUUAGCUGUGUAAUAACAACGUUAGGUUGGGUUACAAGGUCAGUGUGUCUACUCUGCUUGGCUAAGUGACAUGUUAGCUGUGUAAUAACAACGUUAGGUUGGGUUACAAGGUCAGUGUGUCUACUCUGCUUGGCUGAGUGACAUGUUAGCUGUGUAAUAACAAUGUUAGGUUGGGUUACAAGGUCAGUCUCUACUCUGCUUGGCUAAGUGACAUGUUAGCUGUGUAAUAACAACGUUAGGUUGGGUUACAAGGUCAGUGUCUCUGUUCUACUUGGCUGAGUGGCAUGUUAGCUGUGUAAUAACAAUGUUAGGUUGGGUUAUAAAGUUUUGGUCAGUGUCUCUAUUCUACUUGGCUGAGUGGCAUGUUAGCUGUGUAAUAACAACGUUAGGUUGGGUUACAAGGUCAGUCUCUACUCUGCUUGGCUGAGUGACAAGUUAGCUGUAAAAUAACAACGUUAGGUUGGGUUACAAGGACAGAGUCUCUGCUCUGCUUGGCUGAGUGGCAGUGAUUUUACAAAUUAUGACCGUAUCGGCUCAUCAUUACUGCCUUUCUCACAGAGCCAUGUUAAAGCAGUGGCUGUAUGUUAUUUGUAAUACCGGAAUUUUUCAGCCAAUUAAAAUCAUUUAACUGUUUAUAAUCACUUCUUUGGUGUUUUCUUAGUUUAUCUGAACAAAUGCAACUAUCAACUGAAGAAAAUAACUCACAUCGUUGAUUCUGUCGUGCCUCCAAUAGUAAUAUAUAUACAUAAUUAGGUUUCUACAGUUUUGUAAAAUUUAUUAACACAAUAAUUUUAAUUGUGUACCAUUAUCACUGUUGAUCAUGAAGACCUCAACUUAUUUUCAAUCAUAAAAUAAAGGAGGCACUUUAGUCUGGUGGUAGGACGCCAAGCUCGUGACCCAAUGGUUGCAGAUUCGAUUCAAGGCACGACACUGUGUUGUAUCUUUGAGUAAGAAACUUUACUACGCUUGUUCCAGGCUACUCAGCUGUAAAUGAGUAUGUAGUUGGGUAGUGUUAGAAUUGUUGAAUGUUAAUAUUUGGGCGUUAUUUUACUGUCAUUUUGUGAAAAUAAUUACAUGUUAAUCUGUUAAUGUUUGAGUGCUUGUUUUCAUUACUGUUUUUGAUGUAAUUUAGGACAUAUUAAUCUGUUUAAGAUCUAAUAAUACUUGAAUAUUUGUUGAUGCCAUACAUUAAAAUAAACCACAUCAUGAAUAAUAUUUUCUAUAAAAGAGACUUUUUUCUGCAUUAUACCAUAUAUAAUAACAUUGUAUUCAUCCUCACUGAAUUGUUUAUAUCAAGUGACUUCAGGGUGUGCUAAUUUUAUGUUGAACUUGCCUUUACAAAAUGUCUGUUGGCUUAUGCGAAGUGUGGCAUCCGUCCAUCGUUCGCCCAGCAUCAACACCUUAAUUCCUAUUAAACAUUGAGUCUUGAUACUUUGUUGCUUUAACUUUGACCCAUUUUUAAGGUCAUGGGUAAAAUAUGCUGAAGUCUUUAAAUCAUUUCUCCUAAAGAUCCUUCAGGCCUAGAGGACCAAUCUUUGGCUGGUAGCUUAAGGAUGUCAAGCUGAUUAAAUUGUUUAUUCAGAAAGAGAGGGAUCACUUAAAAUGUGUAACAAUGGUUAUUUUUGAUAUUUGUAAUUAAACACUGGGUACAGCAAUUUGUCACAAAUGACUCAGUCAAACUUAGUAUGUUUAUUUCUUAUUUUGGUGGCAGUAAAUUGACACUGUAGAGGGUUAUUUGUUACACACAAAUUAGUUACACUGUAGGGUUAUUUGUUACACAUAGAUAAGUGACAUUGUAGGGUUAUUUGUUACACACAGAUUAGUUACACUGUGCGGUUAUUUGUUACACACAUAUUAGUUACACUGUAGGGUUAUUUGUUACACAUAGAUAAGUGACAUUGUAGGGUUAUUUGUUACACACAGAUUAGUUACACUGUCUGGUUAUUUGUUACACACAGAUUAGUUACACUGUAGGGUUAUUUGUUACACACAGGUUAGUUACACUGUAGGGUUAUUUAGUACACAUAGAUUAGUUACACUGUAGAAUUAUUUAGUACACAUAGAUAAGUUAUACUGUAGGGUUAUUUAGUACACAUAGAUUAGUUACACUGUAGGGUUAUUUGGUACACAUAGAUUAGUUAAAUUGUAGGGUUAUUUAGUACACAUAGAUUAGUUACACUGUAUGGUUAUUUGGUACACAUAGAUAAGUUAAAUUGUAGGGUUAUUUGUUACACCCAGAUUAGUUACACUGUAGGGUUAUUUGGUACACAUAGAUAAGUUAAAUUGUAGGGUUAUUUGUUACACAAAGAUUAGUUACAAUGUAGAGGGUUAUUUGGUACACACAUAUUUGUUACACACAUUUUAGUUACACUAUAGAGGAUUAAUUAGUACCAGGGAUGUGUAGUGGACACUACACAUUCCUGUUAAUACACACAGAUUAGUUACACUGUAGAGUUAUUUGUUACACACAGAUAAGUUACAAUGUAUGGUUAAUUUUUACACAUAUUAGUUACACAGUAGGCUUAUUUGUUACACACAGAUACAUUACCCUGUGGGUUAUUUGGUACACAUAAAUAAGUUACAUUGUAGGGUUAUUUAGUACACACAAGCAAGUUACAUUGUAGUGUUAUUUGGUGCACACAGAUAAGUUGCACUAUAGAGGGUUAUUUGGUACACACAGAUACAUGUAAGUUACAUUGUAGGGUUAUUUGUUACACAUAGAUAAGUUACAUUGUAGGGUUAUUUGGUAUACACAUAUUAGUUACACUGUAGGUUAUUUGUUAGAUGUGAAUUAGUCACACUGUCAGGUAACUUUUGUGUAAAUGAUAUAUGUAUUAUGAUGUAUGUAGGCUAGGACCUUGUCAACUAGUCUAAACAUUUGAUUUUUGUCUUUGUUUCUUAAAAAAACAUCAUUACUUUUUUUGUUAUAUUGAUUACAUUCCUAUUCUUACCCUCAGUGUUCUAUAGAUACAAAAUACUUCAGGAAGAUCGUCACUAUUUUCAUACAGCAUUAUUUUCCAUGUUUUCUUUGAUGAGAAUCAUUUAAAAAUGACUAAAUAACUGUACCAUUUUAACAGUGUGAGCUAUAUUGUAAUACACAACAUCCCAUCCCAAUGGAUUGUAAGCAUUCUACGGUUCAGAUCAGCUGGUCUUUUCUACAAAAACAGUUUGUAAACCAAUAUUUUCCUGUACCUUGACAUGUAUUGUGAAUAUAUAUAAGGAAAACAGCCCUUGUUUGCCUUUAGUUCCUGAAAUGAACCACGUAAAGAAUGUGGUAAAUUUCAUUUUUUACAAAGGUUUUUUAUUAAAUAGUGUAGCUAAUACAAAUUCAAAAGUAAUUGGGCGAC